AGGAAGUUGCUUGCAGAUAACACUGCAGCCAUCCAGCCUGAUUUGCUGGACUGCCUGACAGCUCAGGCCGCGGCUUCCCUUUGCAUGUUGACUGGACCAGCCUCUGUAAAUAGCAGCCAUGAGGAUCCUGGACGCAGUGUCCUCGUGGGCCGGUGAUGGUCAGGACGCCUCCAUCGCCUAGUGUGUGCUCAGGAGUCAAUGUCCUGCCUGUGCUCAGGAUGAAGUGGGACCUGGCCCUGGUGAGCACCCUAAUUAGCCUGGCCUUCCUGUCGCUGCUGCCAUCUGGAUAUCCUCAGCAUACUGCCGACGAUGCCUGCUCUGUGCAGAUCCUCGUCCCAGGCCUCAAAGGGGAUACGGGAGAGAAGGGAGAAAAAGGCGCCCCGGGACGGCCUGGAAGAGUUGGCCCCACGGGAGAAAAAGGAGACAUGGGGGACAAAGGACAGAAAGGCAGUGUGGGUCGCCAUGGAAAAAUUGGUCCCAUUGGCUCGAAAGGUGAGAAAGGAGAUUCUGGUGACAUAGGACCCCCUGGUCCUAAUGGAGAGCCAGGCCUCCCAUGCGAGUGCAGCCAGCUGCGCAAGGCCAUUGGGGAGAUGGACAACCAGGUCUCCCAGCUGACGACUGAGCUGAAGUUCAUAAAAAAUGCUGUUGCUGGCGUGCGCGAGACAGACAGCAAGAUCUACCUGCUGGUGAAGGAGGAGAAGAGGUAUGCGGACGCCCAGCUGUCCUGCCAGGGCAGAGGGGGCACACUGAGUAUGCCCAAGGAUGAGACAGCCAACGGCCUGAUGGCCGCGUACCUGGCGCAGGCUGGCCUGGCCCGCGUCUUCAUCGGCAUCAACGACCUGGAGAGAGAGGGCGCCUUCGUGUACUCGGAUCGCUCCCCCAUGCAGACCUUCAACAAGUGGCGCAGCGGGGAGCCCAACAACGCCUAUGACGAGGAGGACUGUGUGGAGAUGGUGGCCUCCGGGGGCUGGAACGACGUGGCCUGCCACAUCACCAUGUAUUUCAUGUGUGAGUUUGACAAGGAGAAUGUAUGAGCAGGCGGCCACGUGGAGCCGGCCUACCCGUCUCUGCUUGGGACAGCAGGGCAGCUGGUGCGGGCUCCCAGGCCACGGGGGCAGCUGGUGAGCUGUCCCUCUGCAAGGAAGAGAGCUAUUUCAGUGCAGAGGCUCAAGAAUCAGACGGUGAUUUGCUGGGACCUUAGAGUGGCAUAUGCUUAACAGGAAAAAGAGGGUGUUUCUGGGGGUGCUAUUUCUGAAGUACAGUUUCCUUACCUGUAUUGUAGCCAAAAUGUUAAUUAUGUGAUUAUUACUCAGAAUUGCUCUUCCAUAAAGCUCUUGCUUUUGUCCAAACUAUAAAAUAAGAUCUUUAAACAUUGUAAUAAUUAAGAACAAAUAAUGGUAGUGAGGUAUUGAAUGACUACCUUCCUUUUAACUUCUGUAUGGACAAGAACCCACCUAACUUUGACCAAUGUUUCUGUAAAUUGCAUUAAAAUAUAGGUUUUUUUU